CCACACUAUUUCUUUUUAAGGAAAUGAAGAAACGUAGGUAAAAGUGCUCUGCUGUCAGAGUGGGUUUGACCGUCAUUUAUCUGUAGUGUCUAAAGUGCAGGAGAAAACAGUCUAGAAGGAAGAUACAACAAAGACUUGGAAAAAACCAAGUUGGGAGUGAAGAGGGAUACCAUUGCAAGAAUGAGAGACAAUGAAUGAAAAUGCACAGGACCAGAAGAUGGCAAGAGGACCAGUGUCUUCAGAGCUUGGAAUUUCUGAAGGGGAGUAAGAAUAUGUGGAAGGGAGUAAAAUGUAAAAAGACUGGAAAGGUAGGAAGGAGCCGGGCCGUGAAGGGCUUAAAAGAAUUGUACAAUGCCACACUACAAACUCAUUUAUUUUAACAUGAGAGGGAGAGCAGAAAUUAUUCGAUACCUUUUUGCCUACUUAGACAUACAGUAUGAGGACCAUCGGAUAAGUCAAGAUGACUGGCCGGCAGUCAAACAAACCGUUCCAUUUGGCAAAAUCCCAAUUUUAGAAGUUGACGGAGUUCCCCUUCACCAGAGUCUUGCCAUAGGAAGGUUUUUGGCUAGAGAAGCAGGUUUGGCGGGGAAGACAGAGUUGGAACAAUGUCAAGUUGACGCCAUCAUAGAUACAUUGGAUGACUUCAUGUCAAGGUUUCCUUGGGCAGAGAAAAAACAAGAUAUCAAAGAUCAGAUGUUUAAUGAGCUGCUCACAAAUGAUGCUCCUGGUUUACUCCAAGAUUUAGACCUUUAUUUAGGGAAGAAAGACUGGUUUGUUGGCAACUCUGUAACCUGGGCUGAUUUCUACUGGGACAUUUGCAGUACCACACUUUUGGUCCUUAAACAAGACUUGUUGGACAAGCAUCCUAAACUGGUAGUCUUACGAAAAAAAGUUCAAAGCAUUCCUGUGAUUGCUGACUGGAUAAAACAGAGGCCAGAAACCAGAAUGUAGACUAGUGAUUGGUCUGGGGUUGGCCUGAACCAUAUAAAGUCAUUCUUGCUUAUGCUAUAUUGUCUUCUAGAAAAAUAACUGUAAACGUAACAUUUUUCCCAUUACAUUUUUGUCACUGUUGGUGGAAUUUUUUUUACCUCAAUACCACAUACUGUAUAAAAUAAAAUCAAAAAUUAUUUUGCUUCCAGUACUUUCUGCAUGGUGUAGUGGACAGAGCACUGGACAUAAAAGAGUCAAGGCCACCUGGGCUCAAAACCUUUUGUCUGACACUAGACAUGUAUCCCACGGCAAAUAAUUUCACCUCUCUGUGCCUCUCAUCCGUAAAACAAAAGGACUGAACUCAAUGACUUCAAAGGUCCCUUCCAGAUCAAAAGCUGUGAUCCUAAAUAGCUUUACACCAUUCAGAAGUGACGAUGUCACAGUACAAUAUUUUAAAUUGAUGGUCUCUCCUUCCACUCCUCCUUAAAUCCAUACGUACAUCAAAUAGGACUGGCUAGAUCUAUUUAGCUCCAUCAAAACAUGCAAGAUGAGUGGAACCGCUAUCACGUGGGGCCAACAUUUUAAAUGUUAAAAAGAAGUUCUCAUAAUUCAAAAAAGUUGAGAAUCAUUGCUUUACAUUACCAAACAGUCUAAACAAACACCCAAACCAAAAUAUGAUCAAAAUUCCCAUAACGUA